AAGGAUAUGAAAUACCGAGUGGGAGGGGGAAGAGAAGGAAAUGUAAUCGAUUACUUCAGUAAUCGAUUGGCCACCCUUGUGCAUAGGAACGAAGUGAGGAAAAGCGAGAGCUCGCUGCUCUGUUUAGUUAGCUGGAAGACCAGACCUUACUAAACUGUUGCCGAGCUAUCCAUUGGUCUUGCGAAAGGAAGACGGCGACGGCGAUCAGCCACGUGGGGCUCUAAGGACGGAUCGAUUGUGGGGAGGCCGGGAGAUUCCUGGGCGCCGGAUUUCUGCUGUUAAAGAUCCCCGGCAUUAACCAUGGCGCAGCUCCAGGCUCGCUUCUUCACCAAUGACACCAAAUACACAGUAGAUGAUGUGCCUUUUUCUGUCCCAGCUGUUUCUGAAGUUGCUGACCUUAGUAACCUUAUCAACAAAUUGCUGGAAGCUAAAAAUGAGGGCCACAAAUAUGUGGAAUUCGACUUUCUUGUCAAGGGACAGUUCUUGCGUAUGCCCCUGGUCAGACAUAUGGAAACAGAGAAUAUCUCAACAGAAGAUGUAGUAGAAAUAGAAUAUGUGGAGAAGUACACAGCGCCUCAGCCGGAAGAAUGCAUGCUGCAUGAUGAUUGGAUCAGUUCUAUUGAAGCUACAGAGGAAUGGAUCUUGACAGGUUCUUAUGAUCAGACUUCUCGGAUCUGGUCAGUGGAAGGCAAACCCAUCAUGACAAUUGCUGGGCAUGCAGAUGUGGUAAAAGAUGUGGCCUGGGUAAAAAAAGACAGUUUGUCCUGCUUGCUGCUUAGUGCGUCUAUGGAUCAGACAAUCUUGUUGUGGGAAUGGAAUGUGGAAAAGAACAAAACGAAGGCUCUUCACUGCUGCAGAGGGCAUGCAGGGAGCGUGGAAUCUGUAGCUGUGGAUGGCUCAAGGACUAAAUUUUGCAGUGGAUCCUGGGAUAAGAUGCUAAAAAUCUGGUCUGCAGUGCCUACAGAUGAACAGGAUGAAAUGGAAAUGGAGGAAGUGGCAAAUAGGCCAAGAAAAAAACAGAAAACGGAGCAGCUGGGACUAACAAGAACUCCUAUUGCAACUCUCUCUGGUCAUACAGAAUCAGUAUCUUCUGUACUUUGGUCAGAUACUGAUGAAAUUUGCAGUGCUUCUUGGGACCACACCAUAAAGAUAUGGGAUGUUGAAACAGGAGGGCUCAAAUCAACUUUGACUGGAAACAAAGUGUUUAAUUCUAUAUCCUACUCCCCACUGUGUCGACGCCUAGCCUCUGGAAGCACUGACAGACACAUUAGAUUAUGGGAUCCUCGGACCAAAGAUGGUUCUUUGGUGCUACUUUCUCUUACCUCACAUACUGGCUGGGUGACAUCAGUGAAGUGGUCACCGACACAUGAACAACAGCUCGUCUCAGGUUCUUUAGACAACAUUGUCAAACUUUGGGACACAAGGAGUUGCAAGGCUCCCCUCUAUGACUUGGCUGCACACGAAGACAAGGUUUUGUGUGUGGAAUGGACAGAAACAGGGUUGCUGUUGAGUGGUGGAGCAGACAACAAGCUGUAUUCCUAUAGAUAUAAAGCAACCACUUCUGAUGUUGGAGCAUGAAAAGGAGUGAGCAGAUAUUCAAGAGAGCAUACUCUUUCAGCUAUAUAUUCUUGAAAUCUUUUGUGCAACAACUAUACAAAACAUGCUGUUUUCUAAUUUUACAAACAAGGGGUUGGAUUCCAUGUUCUAGAGAUUGGAACUUCUUUCAUGUUUUUUGCUAGAUAACAAAAAAGAAGUGAUUUUUACCUUGAAAGAGCUGCUCUGAAGGGUUGUAGUUAUCCUUUGAAACAGCAUGGUUGGGCUUAAGGGAGAAUCGGUGAAAAUUCCUCACUCUCUGUUUGCCCAGGGAGCCUGCGCAGUCUUGUCUGUGAGCAGAAGCCCUUCUGUUUGCAGAAGAAUCUAACCCUGUAUAUGUAUUUGUGAUCUGGAACAAGAUGAGUUUCCAGUCCUUUCAAACAGGUAUAAGGUGGUUGUAUAGUAGCCAUAUGAAGAUUGGAUUUAAUAAUUUAAGUGUGUUUGUGCAUUAUUAUAUUAAAUUGACUAAUGUUUUAUGUACAUCUUUAUUAAAUGUUUUUUGUUUUGUGCAA